AUUGGUGGUGACAAAAGCUAUUGUGUCAAAACAUUUUACACCUGGCACAAGGGUAGUUUUAAACUCACCAACUUAGGUGCAAUAAGAGAAGAAAGAGUAAUGGUCUUCUCCGGUGGGGGUCCGGGUCUGCUGUGGCUCAAAGCCGUGAUCACUAAGCAGUCUCCGGAUGUUACAGCCUUCACUCUUCCUUUUAGCCAUUG